CCCAAGAAACUCACAAUGCAGGUAUUCGCACUGACCUGCGCUCUUCUGUUAUCGUUGCCCCUGCUGGCAGUGGGGCGCCUCUGUCCGCGGGAAGUCAGAGUGCCGUACGUCAAGUGGGGCAACCAGCACGUGUCCCGAACCACGCCGUGUGACUACGUUUGCUGGGGCAAGUGGCACAAGAUCUACAUCGAGUCGGGCUACAGUACGAACACCUGCGAGCUGGCUUACAGGACGGAAACGAAGCAGGAGUGCUGCGAAGGGUUCGAAAAGGACUCGCGGGGCGAGUGUCGACCGGUUUGUGAGGGAGGAUGCGUUGGCGGUCGGUGUGUUGCGCCGAAUCGGUGCGGGUGUGAGGAGGGAUUCCGGUUACGCGGGAAUCGCUGUGUUCCCGUGUGCGAUCCGGAUUGUAUUUUUGGAGAUUGUACAGGUGUUGGAGUGUGUUCCUGUCUGCCGGGGUAUAGGAACAGGACGGCCACGGAGUGUGAACCCGUGUGUGAUCCGCCGUGCGAACAAGGCAAGUGCAUUGCUCCUAAUACCUGCGAGUGUAGGCACGGAUUUGAGCUAGCCGGGAAUUCAAAGCAUGUUUGCAAACCACGAUGCGAUCCAAAGAUCGCGAAAUGUGGAAACGGAACUUGCGUUGAGCCAAAUCGUUGUGAUUGCGAGAAGGGAUACGAGUUCAGGGGUCACGCAUGCGUCCCAAUUUGUGAUCCAACGUGUAUCAACGCUGAAUGUUCGCAACCAAAUGCCUGCACUUGCAAGCAAGGAUUCAACAAAAGUUCGGAACCAAAUGUGUGUAAACCCAUCUGCAACGAAGAAUGCUCCAACGGAACUUGCGUUGCUCCAAACACCUGUCUCUGUCUGCAUGGAUAUCAACCGUCUGAAGCAGCCCCGAACUCGUGCGAACCAAGCUGUGAUCCCAAGUUCUUUGAUACCACCAAUGGGCAGUGUAUUGCACCGAAUGUCCUGCGGUGUAACGAAGGAUACCAACUGACGUAUUCCGUGGAGUCUGGCCUGAUACGCUGCCAGUCCCAAUGUAGUCCCGAAUGUGUCAAUGCUCAAUGUCUUCCGGACGGCUCUUGUCGGUGUUUGGCCGGAUUCUUCCCCUCCCAGGAAGCUGUCAAUGUGUGUGAACCGAUGAAAUCUUUUAGAAGUACUAGUGAUUCUCGAGUAGCGCGUGGUAUCAUACCAACUGAAAUAAAUAGAACUGGCACAUCUCGGUUCAGCACACUUCUGAAGAAAGAGUUAACCUUCGCGAUGAAACUCUACACUCUGACUUGCGCUCUUCUGCUUUUGAUACCCACGGUGCUGGGUCGUAUCUGUCUGAAGGAUGUCAGUGUUCAGUACCUGAAAAGGGGCACAACUCGCGUAUCCAGAACGGCCAAUUGCUACUACCAUUGCAUUUUCGCUAGCCACACGAGAAUCGUGGACUCUAGCUACACGGCCCAAACGUGCGAGCUAGCGUCCAAGACGGAGCUGCGGUCGGAAUGCUGCGAUGGAUACGCGAAGAACUCCCGCGGGGAGUGUCUACCCGUUUGCGAGGGAGGUUGCAUCAACGGAACGUGCAACGCGCCGAAUCAGUGCGGUUGCGCUGAAGGAUACCAACUGAGGGGGAAUCGGUGCCUUCCGGUGUGCGACGUGGAGUGUGUUUUGGGAGUUUGUACCAAGCCUGGGCAGUGUACGUGCCUUCCUGGGUACACGAAACAAACGGACACGGAGUGCGUGCCGGUUUGUGAGACUCCGUGUGAGAACGGCAGGUGCAUUGCACCGAAUACCUGCGAGUGUGAUCACGGAUUUGAGAAGUAUUGGUUUUCGGAUUAUCAGUGCUUUCCAAAGUGUGAUCCGACGAUUGCGGACUGUAGCUAUGGAACGUGCGUUGCGCCAAAUCGUUGCCGUUGUGCGGUCGGAUUCGUUUUCAGAGGUCAUCGCUGUGUUCCGCAGUGUGAUACGACCUGCGUCAACGGAGAUUGUACCAGUCCGAACAGGUGUACGUGCAAGGAAGGAUUCUCAACCAGUUCUGGGGAUUCGAAUGUUUGCGUUCCGAUUUGUGCGAGUGGAUGUCAACAUGGGACCUGUGUAGGUCCAAACACGUGCCAGUGUUCUGGUGGAUACAACGCAACCUCAACGGAUCCGAACUUGUGCGAACCGAGCUGUGAUCCCACGCACGUCGAUAUCAGCAAUGGACAGUGUAUUGCUCCGAAUGUUCUGCGAUGCAGUGAAGGAUACGUGCUGGAACGCUCGUCUGGCUUGAUGAGGUGCAGAUCUAGCGUCGAAGGUGGACAGGAGAUACCAACGGGAUUGCUUACGUCAACACAAGCAGGUUCACAGGCAGGAACACAUCCCUUCUUCGGAUCCGCAGCGUACCCUUCCCGACAGGAGCACUCCCCUGGCGCUACGCACGUUCCGUGGCCACACUCGGGAUCACAAACCGGAACACAGACUCCCAGCUGCUUGCGGAAGCCUGCGUUGCACGUGCAGCUGUUCGGUGCGACGCACGUGCCAUUCUGGCACCCGUGGCAGACAGCGCCUAACACACCAGUUGUUGUUUCGUGCUCCGUGAAAGUAGAGCGAUUCGCGAUGAAAUGUUUGGUGAAAAUUUGCACGUUGCUUCUGGUGAUACCUCUGGUGUGGGGACAGAUCUGCUGGAAGAAUGUAAGCGUACCAUACGUCAAGUGGGGUCAUAUCUACGUGUCAAGGUACACCCCGUGUGACUACAAAUGCUGGUUCAAGUGGCAUCAGACGAUGGUUGAGUCCGGCUACAACAGCAACACGUGCGAACUGGCGUUCAACACGGAAUCGGUGCCAGAGUGCUGCGAAGGAUACGCCAAGGACUCGCGCGGGGAGUGUAAGCCCGUCUGUGACGGGGGGUGCAUCGAUGGAUCGUGUAACGGACCGAACCGGUGCGAUUGCAAUCAGGGCUUCCAACUGCAGGGGAAUCGCUGCGUGCCGGUGUGCGAGUCGGACUGUAUCUUUGGGGUUUGCUCCGGACAGGGCGAAUGCACUUGUCAUCCGGGGUACAUGAAGAAAACGGACACGGAGUGCGUGCCUGUUUGUGAGGUUCCUUGUGAAAAUGGGAGGUGUAUUGCUCCGAAUACCUGCGAAUGUAAACGUGGAUUUGAGCAAUCUCCUGAAUCGGAUUAUCUUUGUCUUCCGUCGUGUGAUCCGGAGAUUGCGGAUUGUGGUAACGGAACAUGCGUUGAGCCAAAUCGUUGCCUUUGUGAGGAGGGAUUCCUUUUCAGGGGAAAUCGAUGUAUUCCACAGUGUGAUCCGACCUGCGUCAACGGAGAUUGUACCAAUCCGAAUACCUGCACGUGUAGGGAUGGAUUCUUGCGAAGUCUAGUAGAAUCAAAUGUUUGUGAUCCAAUUUGCGAAAGCGGUUGUCAGAAUGGAGUCUGCGUUGCUCCAAAUAACUGCCAGUGUACUCUGGGUUAUAACGCCACCUCAACUGAUCCGAUCUCCUGUGAACCCAGCUGUGACCCCACGUUCAUGGACAUCAGCGAUGGUAUUUGUGUUGCUCCAAACGUCCUACGAUGCAACGAAGGAUUCAUUCUGGAACAUUCGUCGCAAGUCAACUUGAUUAAAUGCAGAUCUACGAAUGUUACUCCAACGAAUCUGCUGUCGGUGUUUUGAAGAAAUCAUGCUGAUACGAAUAAAUUUCAAACCUUCAA